AUGUAUACAAAAUUAAGAUCUAUACAGUCAGGAACAUUUAGCACAGUUUACAAAGCAUGGAGUACGAAGCAUAACCGCUAUGUCGCUUUGAAGAUUACUCCUAAAUACAAAACUUCAGAAGCCAGUAUGAAGAAUGAGUAUGACGUCAUGAAGAUGUUAAGUUCUUGUAAUCCUCAUCCCAACAUCUGUUCGAUGUUGGAUUUUUACACCGACGAUUCAUACUACGUCAUGGUACUAGAGUACUGCGAGUGUGGAGAUCUUUAUGACUUUCUAGAUAUUGCCAAAAGUCAAGGGACCCCAUCGUCUCCAUCUCUAAUCCAAAUUGAUAUGCAAAAGAUUAUCAAACAAUUGUGUUCGGCAAUCAGCUUUGCUCAUAGUUUGGGAAUUGCUCACCGUGAUAUUAAACCAGAAAACGUACUGCUAACCAUCAACGGUGACAUCAAAUUGGCUGACUGGGGCCAUGCUAUUCAAUCGUCCAAGUCCAAUGACUUUCAAAUCGGUACUGAUAAUUACAGGGCGCCGGAAACUUUUUCAGGCCGAGUCAACAACUCUCUCAUUAAGAGGAAGUUAGAUCCAUCACCAGCUCCAUUUUAUAACACGUAUCAAGCUGACUACUGGUCACUGGGAGCCACUAUAUUCUACUUGGUGUUUGGUGACUGCCUCUUCAGAGUUUCCAAAUCGAAGAGAAAUCAGCAUCUGAAAAACUUUGAUGAAUUCGAAAAAGAUCCAUUUGCAUUCAUUUACAAGAAGUACGUGGUACCAAGACUCGCCUGCGGCUACAAUGCUGAAGAAGAUCUACACAGUAGCCUACAACAUUCAAGACAGUACGUUUGGCAAGAUCUGCCCGAUAUCUACGAUGUAUUCCAUUUAUGCAAGAUCAUGUCAGAUACCUUAUUAAGAGUUUCCAAGGCUGAAGAGAGAUCCAUGGAUAGUUUUAUUGAACAAGUUGACUUUGCGUGGAACAAAGACCUUUCGAUGGACAGCUGCUUUUCUUACCAAAGCAAGAUUGAUUUGUUUUGGGAGCAAUGGUCUAUAAAUACAGAGUCAAUACCUUCGAAUUUCCCUUUUAAAAAUUUUGAGAAACCUUGCCUGGUUCAGGAUAGCAAAUAA